ACACGGAAUGACAACUUGCGGAGUUGUACUCGCUGCCGUCGUAGUUAGGAGGGAAGCGCAUAAAGGAGGACGCAGAGAGGACGAGAAGAGUCGCGGAGGACCGUUAGUGUCGGAGGUGGAGAUCCAAUUUACACUUCACUUUAUCAUUGCCAUCCCUCCAGGAUUCGUGCGGUGGAGGGAUAAAGACGGCUUCCACACGUCCACACCUGAAGUGUCCCUUACUUUCCCAGCGCGUCUGCUGGAAAAGGAAAACCACUUGACAGACUUGAGGAGCUUUGCCCGAGGCGAAAUCAGAGCUCGUAUAUAAAAGCCGGGUGAAGGACGAUAACAGACUGAGAAGUAGCUGCUUCAACCAUGAAGGUCUACUCUACUUCCAGGAAACUUACUUUGCUCUCAUUUACCUUUCUGUGGGGGCUCUCAGGAAUAUGGGCCCAGAUCGACAUGCCCCUAACCAGAGUAAAUGUGAUCAAGGGUCAGAUGGUGGUGCUGAGGGCCACGUACACCACCAACAGCAGUGACCUGAGCGCCAACACCGUCCUCUGGAACUUGGUCUCCGACACCACCCAGCUGAUCAUAUCCUACACCAAAGACUCCAUGAGUGUGGGCAGCGCCCAGUUUAUGGGCCGUGUGGGUUUCUACGGCAGCAUGCCUUCACGAGAUGUGUCGCUGUACAUCAACAACACCCAGGAAUCUGACUCAGGACGCUACCUCUGCCAGGUCAUCAUUCCUAAAGGUGGCGGUCUCACAGCUGAGCUCAGUCUGGAUGUGAAGGUUCCUCCCGCUGUUCCCAAGUGCUCCAUGUCAGGAAAACCAGUGUUGAAAGGAAAUGUGACAUUGAGCUGCCAGUCCAGCACUGGGAAACCCAUUCCCCUGUACAAGUGGAAGAAAACCAGCCCCACAUCCGAGGUCUUUUUCUCACCCAUGGCCAAUGAAAAAACCGGCACUCUGAAGCUGAGCAACCUGAGCAGUAACAUGUCCGGGAAGUAUGUGUGCACGGCCAGCAACGAAGCUGGAUCAGAGAGCUGCUUCAUCAACCUGGAGGUCAUCAGCUCCAGCAAAGUGGGAGUGAUUGUUGGUGCAACAGUGGGCUCAGUGCUCGGCUUCAUCUUCCUCCUCUUCGUCUGCUGUGCUUUCCUAGUGUUUUUCAGGAGGCGGAGAGACAAUGAGGAUGACUUGGCCAACGAAAUCAAGGAGGACGCUCAGGCCCCCAAGCGAGUGUCCUGGGCAAAGAGCGGCAUGGGUUCUGACGUCAUCUCCAAGAAUGGCACGCUGUCCUCCAUCGCCUCCAGCCCCCACCACAAAGAGCCCUCACACCACCACAACAACCACCACCACCACCUGCAGCAGUACCCCCAGCAUCCCGCCUCAGACACCGCCUCCAUCAUUACUGCCACAGGCAGCAUGGCCGGCUACAGGCCCUCCCGUCACCAGGGGGCUUCCACUCCCACCCACUACAACUACAACAACACCACCACCCUGCCACGCGGACAGCCCGUCUCCGCCGAGGCCGUCACCAACGGCAACUCCCUGCCGGUGCAGGAGCGCUACACCCCGCUGCCCCAGUCAUCGGCGCUGCCACAGACCUUCGGCCAGCCUCAGAUGCAGCGCCAAGUGGCUCCGCCACCACCGCCACUGCCCACCUCCACCAUCACAGCCUCCAACAUCAGCCGCAUGGGAGGGGUGCCCAUCAUGGUGCCUGCACAGAACCAGGCAGGCUCUCUGGUGUAACAGCUGGUUUAUUUUUUUCUUCUUUUUUCGUAAAGGGAACGCUUCGUUUUAUUACAGUUUAGCAAAGAAGUGCAGGACGUCCUGCUUCAUGCUUUUAAGCCAUGGGACAUGCCGUUUACUCACUUUAAACUUACUUUAUAUAAAUCUUUAUAUUCUGUUUUCACUGUAUAUGUUGGAAUGGCUUUCAUCCUGUAUCCUGUUUUCUACUUUAAAGCAUUUUUUAUGUUUUCUUUUGUUAUCUUAUGGUGUUAAACCGUCCGAAGUUUUCACCCCGCCGUUCUCUGGAGCAGCCGGAGGUUUUUAUCUUCAUCCAUCCUUCAUUGUUACUACCUGAAGCAGGACUCAGAGACCAACGCAGGUUUAAGCACAUGGUUUUAGUUCUGUUCAGAGUGGAGAAUGUGGCUCAAAGAUUGUGAAGAUUAAUGUAUAAAUGAGAAUAUUUCUGCAGCAGAUGUAUGAGAGCACAGAAAAGACAAUGUAAUGUAUCUUUAUGGUCAAUUAUGGCACCCGAAAAUAUCAUAAUCCUUUUGUUUUUUUUUAAAGUGGGGGCUUGUUUCAUUUCAUUUUAUAAAAUGCUCUUAGAUAAAUCUUUAAAGAUGGAUUAGCGAAAGCUUCUUAUGAUAUUGAGAACUAUCCAGAACUGCACUGCUAUAACUUUGCUAAUAUGAAUUUUCACUCUUACGUAGCGGAACGUUAAAGUUUCCUGCAGCAUUGAAGUUGUAAAUAAGAUAUUUAUUAGGUGUUAGAUGAGAGGGGCAAGGUGUUUGCCUGCAACACUGGAUACUGAACCAAAGAUGUACAGUAUGCCUCACAUCUUUACGUCAACAUCCAUGCGUUGUAGCUUUGGUUCUAAGUGUAGAGAAAAGGAAGGAAGGAUGAAAAGAGGUUUAAAUCAGAAUUUUCCUUUAAUGCCAAAGGCUUUAGUUUUUUGUUUUGAUUUUUUUUUUUUUCAAACCUAACAUUCAACAGGCGGAAAAUGGGGACAGUUACUCCAAGAAAAAGCUGAUUUAGCUCUCUGAUCCAGAGAUACCCUCAAGAUCACUGGUCACUUAACUUUAUGUAUGAAUUUGUUCAUUUAAAAACAGAUUUGUUGGUUUCAUGUAAAUAAACUAACACACGGGUUCUAGGCUGAAAAUAAACAAUAUGACGUUUCCAGAUGGCUUCUUCACAUUUUCCAGGGCCCCAAAAUUCCCAGAUGAAGUCUGACAAUGGAACCGGAAUCUGUUGUAAAAGACGGAAUAUGGUGAAAUUCACUCGUAUGUGGGUGCGAUAUGUUACCUCCAUCACGCUGAGGGUUUUUACAUGGUGCCAGAGCCAAAUGAACAAAAAAAUAAAUAAAAAAUAGAUGAGUUGAAUGCAUAUUGACCCCCCCAGUCAAAAGUUCAGCAGAGGCCAAAAGGCCGACACAAACAACAAAGCUGUCCAAAAAAAUAAGACAUUCAACACAACGUGGCUCUAGAAUAAAGAAAAAGCUGCAUCUGUUUGUGGUGAAGGAUUAAAGCUUGUUACAACCUCCGCAAGAACAGAGAACUUUGAUUGUUCUAAAUGUGUAAGAAUAAAAAGUUCUUCCAGUUUUACCAGAAAUUUCUUCCCUGGUUGGGCGGAGUCCAUGUUGUUGCAUAAAUUGUCAUAAUUCCUCACUUCCUCCAUUAAACCUUCAACAGAAAAUUCUUAAAUAACUUCCCACUUUUCCACAUUUUCCACAUUUCCAAAUUUCCAACUAAUAACACAAUAGUUCUCGGACGGCACACGAGAAAAAAGUUUUGCCUGGACGAUGUGUCGUCUACGAGAGAAGACGAGAGCAGCCUUCAUCAAACUCUGAAAAAAACGGAUAUUUUUGUCUGGUUAAGCAUUCGGCUCAUACUCAGAAGCUACAGCUCCGCGUUCAAAUCCCAGCCUGGGACCCUUUGCUGCAGGUCACCUCCUUUUUUCUGACACCUUUCCUUUCUACCGACUGUCCAACAAAAGGCCUCUAGAACCUUCAGACCCCUGCAAACGAUGAGCUCAGUAAUAAAAACACAAAAUUCAGGGGAAUAAAAUAAAGUGGAGUUCAUCAGACCCUAAUAUUUGGAGAUUUUUGCACAUUUACACUCAGUGACUCCAUAACAGAAAUUUCUAAUAUAAAUUUAGAAUGAAAAUUAAAGUAUUACUUUUCUGUUUUGUCAUUAUUUUACCUUUUUGAGUGUAACAUUAAUUUUCCAUUCGGACUGAUUAAAAAAGAAAAAACAGGGUGGUAGCAUCUGUUCUGCUGUAUUGUCGUUACACUGGAUUACGUGUUUGUUAUUUAGCUUUUUGCUGUGUACACAGAGCAUUUUCCACCGACUGCGGGGCACAGCUGAACUGUGACGCUUUGUUGGGUUUUGCUUAUUUUUAAGGUGUUUAAUGUGACUGGAAAGAGUUGCUGACAACAGAUCCAUGAGGAGGAUUUAUUAAUUAACAGACUGUGUUUGAAAGUGUGAAUGGGUCAUUUAAAAAUGUACAUUAGGAAUAUUGAAAUGUAUUCAAGACAAGUCUUUAUUUUUCUACAGCAGAGUAUGAGAGCACGAAGAGAAUUACUUUAUAAAGUGGUAAAUCUUUUAUGAACUAAAAAAGUGCUCACUGUCACACAGUUAUAAACCAGGAUGGAUUUUAUAACUUCUGUGGACAAACUGGUGGCCAAAUGUUAGUUUUUUUUUUUCAUACAGGCGACCUAAACUGCAGACUUUAGGGUGCAGUGUGCACUUGUAUCCUCCAUAUUUAUGUUCAUGGAAAAUGCCUUGUAUAAUAUUUUCAAUUAAAAUAUAAAUGAG